UGGCAGAUGAUAGCAGCUGCGGAGUUGUGGAGUCAUGGCGGAGCUCCGCCGCGCCUCUGAUCGCUGGAGUUACGGGGAUCGUUUGCGAUAAACUGUCAAACUUUACAACAAAUCUAAAAUGAUCGAAAGCGAGUCAAAGUUGCGAGCGGCGUCGGAUCGCCGUCCAACGAUCUGAAACCGAGAGCUGGCAAAGAUGUGAGACUCUCCGGAGCCGAAGAAGAAGAAGAAAAAAAACCGUUGGAGUCUCCCAAAGUCGCAAAUAUGGCUUCUUGUUUCUCUCAGUUUCUCACAGAAAACUCUUUCACCGGAGCUUCGUUGUUUUCCGCGCCUUGCGUCGUUCUGUAGCGGCCGGCUGUGAUGGAUCCCAAGCACAAAGAGUUGUUAGAGCAGUGCCAGCAAAAGUUGUCGGAGUCCGUCACAGAUGUGGAUGUGGUUCUGGAGCUGCUGGCCCAGUCAGGCAGCCUGAGCCCGGCUGAGAGAGCGGAGCUCGACGCGAACUGCUCCAGCGGCGCCGAGAAGGUCCGGCUGCUCCUCAAGACGCUGGCGGAGAAGAAAGAGAGGGACCAUUUCCAGGAGUUCUGCUGGGCUCUGGAGAAAACCCAGCCGGUGCCGCUCGGCGCUCUGCUGCCCGUGGAGAACCACCGCGACGCGGGUUCCACGUGCAGCGUUCUGUCUGCCAUGCCGUCAGACUCGGAGAGCAGCAGUUCUCUCAGCAGCGUCGCGUCCUCUCCUCCUCCUGCUCAUCUGGAUAAACACGUGAUGAGCGAGAAACUGGAGACGGUGGUCUUCCAGCUCAGACAGGUGACCCGUGAGCGAGACGACCUGCGCAAACGCCUGGCUCUCUCCUCGCCCGGCACCACCUUCGACGACUGCAGGCCGAGUGUGAAGCCGGGUCAUGAUUAUGAGCGUCUAAAGCUUCAGUGUAUGAAGGCCAUGUCGGACCUGCAGUCUCUUCAGAACCAGCACACCAAAACCCUGAAGAGAUGUGAGGAGGCCGUGAGAGACGCUGAUUACUACCACACUCUUCACGGGCGUGCGGUCGGUGAACAGACGCAGCUGCGGGACGAGAUGGAGGCGGUGAAACAGAACUACUCUCAGCUCUUACAGCAGCACUCUCAGCUGCAGCAGACCUGCGACGAGCUGCGGCGCGCUCAUGACAGCGACCAGCGCGAGGUGGCGGACAUGCGCCUGCAGCAGCAGCAGGUCAUGAGGGAGAACGGCUCCUCCGAACUGCUGAAUAAACUUUACGACACGGCCUUAAACAAGCUGGAGGGGAUGAAGAAAGAGUACGACGCUCUGAGGAAGCGCUACAGCGAGAAAACGGCGAGCCACAACGCCGAUCUGAGCCGGCUGGAGCAGAUGGAGGAGGAGAACCGGCGCCUGCAGAAACAGCAGGAGGUUCUUCUGAAGCAGAGAGACUCGGCGCUGAUCUUCCAGCAGCAGUACGGCGGCUCCGUCAGGAGGUUCGACGGCCUCCAGCAGGAGCUGAAUAAGAUGUCUGCUCAGAACGAGGAGCUGCAGAGAGAAACCGACCGGCUGCAGAUGGAGAACACGCGCUACAAGACGCUGCAGCUGAAGGCGGUCAAAGACGCCGAGAAACUGAAGGAGGACAGAGACUCGGUGUUAAACGAGUACAGGCUGAUCAUGAGCGAGAGAGAUCAGGUCAUCAAAGAGGUGGAUAAACUCCAGACGGGACUGGAGGCGGCCGAAGCCAAGCUCAAGAACACGUCUAGCGAGAGGAGAGUCGCCGGCGAGGAGAUCGAAGCUCUCAGACAGGAGCUGAACUCGGCUCUGUUGGACCGGGACCGGGCGAUCCGAGAGAAGACCGAGCUCCUGGAGAAAUACUGUCACGAGGUGCAGGACAAGGCCGAGACGCAGAAGGAGCUGAGCCAGGCCUGCAAGGACAUCGAGAUGGUGCGAGAGGAGCGAGACGUGGCCCGUAAAGAGAGAACGGAGGCCAUCAUCCAGCGAGACCAGCUCCUGAGAGAGUAUUACCAGGCCAGACAGAAGCAGGACAGCACGACGCUGGACAUGGAGCGGGUCAGCAAGGAGCUGGAGGUCCUGAGGAAGCAGUGCGAGGCCGUUUCGGAGGAGCUCCAGGAGGCUGUGCAGGAGGCAGAAGUGGCCAAGUGCCGCAGAGACUGGGCCUUCCAGGAGAGAGACAAGAUCGUAGCGGAGAGAGAGAGCAUACGGACGUUGUGUGAUAACCUGCGUCGCGAGAGGGACCGGGCCGUGAGCGAUCUCGCAGACGCUCUGAGAAACCUGGACGACCUGCGCAAACAGAAGAACGACGCCGUGAGAGAGCUGAAGGAGCUCAAGGAGUGCAUGGAGGAGCAGCUGGAGAAGGAGGCGCGUUUCCGUCAACUGAUGGCCCACAAUUCCCACGACUCGGCCAUCGACACGGACUCUCUGGAGUGGGAGACGGAGACGGUGGAGUUCGAGAGGAGCACGGACGACGUGGAUUUGAGCGCGCUGGGUUUUGAUAUCGCCGAGGGCGUGAGCGACCCGUAUCUUCCCGGGGAUUAUGGGAUAUUCGUGAGCAAGGUGGACAAAGGAAGUAUUGCGGAGGGCAGGUUAAGAGUGAAUGAUUGGUUGUUGAAGAUAAAUGACGUGGAUCUGGCCAAUAAGGACAGGAAGCAGGUCAUUAAGGCGGUGUUCAGCGGGGGCGGAGUCAUCAACAUGGUGGUGCGCAGGAGGAAGUCUCUCGGAGGACGCAUGGUCACUUCUGUCCAUCUGACACUGGCGGGACAUAAAGAUUGUGGCGUGGGGUUGGAGAGCGGCGUGUUCGUGUCGUCUGUUUCUCCAGGCAGUCCGGCGGCCAGAGACGGGUCCGUGUGUCCCGGCGAUCGGCUUCUCAAUAUAAAUGGAAUUUCGCUGGAUAAUAAAUCAGUGAGCGAAUGUGAGAAUGUCCUGCGGAGCUGCAGAGACUCGGUUUCUCUUUCCCUCCUGAAGUUUUUCCCACAGAGUCUGUCAGGUCAGAGCAUCGCUGAGAGCCAGCGUGACUGUGAGCGAAGCUCUGACGGGAAGUCAGCGGAGCAGCUUCGGCCCUGCAGGAAGCAGCCCACCCAUAAAGACAUGUACAGCCCCACACGUGACGUAGAGACCGAGCGCGGUCAGCGCGGGACGCUGUACCGCUCAGAACCGUACCAUGAGAUCUGCUUCCCACAUCCCACCUCCAAACGACCCCUCACCUUUCACCCCAUUUCCCCCGGCGACUGCAUCACCGUGGAGAUGAAUCAAGAGAGACGGUGCGUCCCGCAGAAGCAAAGCGCCGGCACGUGGCCCAAAAUGGUAGCGGUCGCAAUGACACCAGUCGAUAGCAUCCCACCGCUCUCUAUUUUUAAGACCCCAAAGAAGCGGAAGUCGAUAUUCGACGUAGACAUGUUCAAGCGGCCGGAGACGCCCUCCAAGAUGGACUAUCUCAGCCUGUCCCAGAUGCCCAAACAUUCUCCGCAGAGCUCGUGGACGGAGGCAGCGCCGCAGAUCCCACCCGAGCCGCCCAAACGCAGCGACUCCUUCAAGUUUAAGCACAAGCCGCAAGGAAGCUCCGCCUCUGAUUCCACCAUCACCACCGGCUCACCCCCAGCCACGCCCAUUCAGACCACGCCCACAGACAAACCCACUCCUGACUUUGAAAGCCGAGACCGCAAUGGGAACGUGCUUCAGAGACAGGGCUCUGGCGGCGGUGGGUCGUUUGUGGAGGACGUGUCCAGACAGGAAUCUGAUGACCUGGAGGUGAGGAGAGGAAGACCUAACUCUGCCCCUGCCCAGCGCCGAAGCCUCACGCCGCUUAAGAUGCCAUAUCCACAGAGCUUCUCUCAUGAUGAACAGUCUCCUGAACCUGUGGAUCUAGUUCGGUUUUCUCCUUUUCGUUCAAACCGUCACAGCUUCUCACCCGUUCAAGCACACACGGCUCCCAGAACUCUGUCUCCGUACCCCGCUGUGACCGCAGUGAUGAGGAACCCAGUCUACACGGCCUGGAGUCACUGCGUCAAAACCACCAACUCUGCUUCAGUUCCAGCACACACAUACACUCAAGUCAGUCCUCAGCACCAGGGCCGAUGGAGUGUGGAUCUCAACCACAAGCGCUCCGGUGAGCUCUUUGAUGGCUCUCGAGGAUCUAUUCAGCACAACACCAACUCUCUGCCCUCCAGCGCCAGACAAGGUUUGUCUCAGUACCUCGAGCAGCGGAUCAAGAUUCCCUCCACCCCUCGUUACGCACGAUCCACUCACGGCUCGGAUAGAGGAUCUCUGUCUCACUCGGAUUGCAGCAGCCCCAGUCUGGUAACUCCGCCCCUCUCUCCUCUGGACCCCGCCUCCUUCAGCAGCAGCCAAUCACAGGGCUCCAUCUCCGCCCAGACCAGGCUGUCAGUCAGUCCCGUGCCAAUAGACAGGAGAAGGGACAGAUGUGCGUUGCGUAACAGGUCUUGCCUGAAGCUUUCUCGAGCUCAGAGAUCAUGGUUUGCGUCUUUGCGGACUCUGAGGCCGUACAUCGAAGAGCCGCGGUGUGUCACUAUCCCUAAAGGGGCGGAGCCUCUGGGCAUCUCCAUAGUGGGCGGGGAGAAUGGCGGCAUCUUUGUUUCCAAGGUAACGGGAGGCAGCAUCGCUCAGCAGCACCACCUGGAGUUUGGAGAUCAGCUUCUGGAGUUUAAUGGCAUUAAUCUCAGGAACGCCACCGAGCAGCAGGCCAGACUCAUCAUCGGGCAGCAGUGUGACACCAUCACCAUACUGGCCCAGUACAACCCACACAUGUACCAGCUGGGCAAUCACUCCCGCUCGAGCUCCCGGAUGGAGUCGUCCAUCAGCUCUCACUCCACGCCCGACACGCCCGACUCCAACAUCGACACACUCAGCGAACAGGACGAGGGCACCGUGACCCCGCCCUCCAAGAAGGCCACGCCCACCAGCAGCCCUCACAGGGAGCGGAGCGAGGGCAGGAAGCAGGCGGAGCCGAGGCAGGUGGUGCUGAGGAAGACUCCGGUGGACCUGGGGCUGAAGAUCUGUGGAGGAAACCUGACGGGGGUGUUCGUGGAGGCUCUGGAGGAAGACGACGGCCUGCAGCCUGGAGACCUGAUCCUGGAGUGUAACUCUGUGAGUUUGAAGAACAAGACCGCGGAGGAGGUGUACCUGGAGAUGCUGAAACCUGCAGAGAGCAUCACCCUUAGAGUCCAGCACCGACCCGAACAUUUCAGGAGGGUCAAAGACGCGCUCGGGGACGGCUUUUACAUCAGGGCGUUGUUUGACCACGUCGGUGAUCUGGAGCAGGAGUUGAGUUUCAAGAAGGAUGAUAUUCUCUAUGUGGACGACACGCUGCCCGGCGGGAAUCUGGGCUACUGGUCGGCAUGGCAACUGGACGAGAACGCACAGAAGCUGGUGCGCGGACACGUGCCCAGCAAGUGCAUGAUGGAUCAAGACUCCCAGCGGCGGUACAGCGUCACAGACGGUAAGGACGACAGCGGUUCUGGUAAAACUCUCUCUGCUGCGGCGCGGAGAUCCUUCUUCCGUCGUAAACUCAAACACAAGCGCAGCAGCUCUAAAGACGGCCGAGACGCUCCGGCCGCAGACGCCGUCAGCACAGACUCCGUGCCCUACAUGGACGACUGUCUGAGCCCGGCCUAUCAGCGCGUGCUAAAAGCAGAAUCGACCAAUCGCAGGCCGGUGUUGAUACUGGGGCCCCUGGUCGAGCCAAUCAAAGACAUGCUGCUCAGAGAGGCUCCUGGGAAAUACUGCCGCUGUUUACCAGAGGGGAUGAAGGCGACACAGCAGGCCAUCGAGAGAGGCGUCAAAGACUGUCUCUUCAUCGAUUACAAGCGCCGGAGCGGACACUUUGAUGUGACCACGGUGGCGUCUAUUAAGGAAAUCACAGAGAAGGACUGUCACUGUCUGCUGGACAUCGCACCUUACGCCAUCGAGCGUCUGCACGUCGUCAACAUUUACCCCAUCGUCAUAUUCAUACGCUACAGAAACUCCAAGCAGAUCAAGGAGCAGAAAGACCCCGUGUAUCUGCGAGACAAAGUGUCCCAAAAACAUUCCAAAGAGCAGUUUGAGUCUGCACAGAGGAUAGAACAAGACUACAGCAAAUACUUCACAGGUGUGGUCCAGGCCGGCGGUCUGUCCAGCGUAUGCACUCAGAUCAUGGCCGUCGUGGAGCAGGAGCAGAACAAAGUGCUUUGGAUUCCCGAUGGAAGCAUGUGAAGAGUCCACACACGUCCUUCAACACGCCGCUGGAAACCAUCUACUUACUUAGUAUUUUUGCUGCCUUCGUAACAAAUAUCUAAAGUUAUGUUUAGUUCUAGUCAUAAUAAUAAUAAUAUUAUGCAAGUUAUAUUUUGCUCACCUACGGGCCGUCGGGGAUUGGGAUGAGUUUGUUUUGAGGAAUGACUCUGCAGUGAAUGGGUGCCGUCACAAUAAACAUCAAAAUCACUCCGAAACUAAUCCGACAUUAAGAUGUUUUUAAGAGUUUAUGAUAACUCUUGCGUUCAGGUCUAAACCAAACUAAUAUGUGUCUGGACUUUGACGUGAGAGCGUUUGGUUUUUAAGGUGGCUUCUCUCAAGGACAUGAAGGUGGAAAACCGCCUUUUUGACUAUUCUGGCACAUGUUUAUUAAUGUGCACUGCCCCUUUAAACAACAGCAGAUGCACUUGUUCACUAGACCAAGAGUUAUCAUGGAUUAUGCACUUGUGUUUUAGUCGAAAUAUGAUGCUUAAUUCUGGAUUAGUUUGAUCUUUUGUCUUCUCCGGAUGUUAACCGAUGGACCGGAGCGCUGCGGAUUAUCGCGGCGUUUUUAUCAGACCCUCGUUCUCACGGCACCCAUCCACUGCAGAGCAAGUGACGAAAUUCACAUCACAGCUGUUCCUUUAAGAACGCCAAGGUGUUAGUACAAGACAAGAAUACUGAGUAAGAAAAGAAUAGUUUUUCAGUGUAAUCUCGCGCUGUUGCAACACUCCACUGCUGUUUAAUUCACGACACACCUCUAGGGCUGGACGCUAUAUCAUAUAUUAAAUAUUAAGCAGCUACGAAUUUCCUAACGGUUUAAUGUUUUAAUUUGGCGGUCGAGCUAGUUAUUUGACGCAAAACUGAUUCAGCGGUUUGUAUCGUCACUCAGAAGUGUCUAUAAGUAUAAUGUAAUAUCACGUUUUCUUUGACUGUAUAUCGCCCAGCCCUCGUCACACACACACACACACACACACACACACACACACACACACACACACACACUCACUCUCUCAGGCGAUGAUCGCAACUGUUAGACGAGCAGCAAUAUCCUCCGUUCACUGUGUUUUCUCUGUGGUAACACUAAUUUAUGAGGGCUUUCGUGUAGUUCUUUGUGUUUACAGAGGUGAGGUUUAUAAACCAGCUUACUUGAAUGUUUAACUUUGUGUGUCUGUCUCCGCUCGGGUCUGAUCCCAUCCGGCCGGCGCAUGCUAAGUUCGACACAGACGCUCGAAUUUCUCCGAGGUUACAAAUACCGCCCGCUGAGUUUGUUUUCUGACCGCGUUAAAGGCUUCAUUCACCCCGAAACGAAACGUCCGCCAUCGUUUAUUCUGUGGAGCGCAGAAGCAGACGUUCAGCAGAAUGCUCGCGCCGCUCUUUUCCACACCGCGAAAGCGGCGUGCUUCAAAAAAACGAGAGCUUUCCGUUGUCACGAAUCAGAAUUAAAAUGCUUUCGUUGCACAGAGAAGAGCAGAGUGAACUUCUCUUCAGAUACUUUUUUCGUUUUUUGGGUGAACUGCUCCUUUAAGCUUCAAUGUAGCAGUUUCUUGAUUUCGUUUCCUUUUUAAGUGUACUUGUUUUUAUUUAAAAGAGCGACGCAAUAGUCUGCCGCACGAUCGUUUCACUAUAUGCUCUGAUUAUUUUUACUCGUCCCGUUCAUUUGUAAAUCUAAUUUAAAUGGUUUUUUUUGGUAGUCGAGUAUUAGGCAGAGCCGAACGCUUAUCGUAACAUCUUUAAAAGCUCCUCUGGUUUUCAGAAACAAACGUGCCAAACGCUUUCUUCUGCUUUGCCUGUGUUUUGCACUCAUUUGGACGGAAAGGUGGACGGACCUACUUUAUUAAUCCCAGAUGGGGGGAUCGAGUAAUCCUCGUUCAGGAAUAGUUAGCUAAUCCUCUCUCUAGUGAAAGCUUUGGUACUACGCUAGUCGUGACAUCACUUCCCGCUCUGAGCGAUGCUUUCGUCUGGCAUCCGCUCCUGCCGAUAAUGACGCCGAGGUUGAAUUGGUGCAGAUGCUCACAUCGUAGCUGGGAAUUAAUUCCAAUUAAAAUUCCGUGUUAAAUUCCAUUCUGUUUUAUAGUGAUAUAACACCCCGGUACUGUCACUUUUAAGACAAAAAUAUGAUUUUGUAAUUGUUGCAUUAAUAAAGUCUAAAUUAAACACGACCCGGCUGUGUCGAACACGUUUGUUUUUGUUUUGUUUUUUUAUAAAAUGAUUCUUUUUUUUCCAGUUCAGCUUGGAGCAGUGAGGAAAGUCUCAUGUGCUGUAAAAAAAAGAUUUAAUGUAAGGCCAUGAUGCAGUUCCUGUGAGGAGCCACCAGAUGGCGUCACAUCCUUCUUCACAAGCAGGAUUACAUAAACAUCACAUCAGGUGAAACAUCACAGGCCGAGCUGAUCGGAGGAAAACAUCAUACGGCCCAGGGAAGAUUACUUGUUCUCAUACAGAAGGAAAAACAGGCUCGGAGCGGAUUUCAUUGCUUGAGAAACGUCAGCGACACGCGUUUAGGUUCGGAAAUGAACCCUAACCCUAACCCUAACCGUAGAGAAAACACAAAAGGGGUUUUGUUAAAAAGAAAAAGUAAUUUGCCUGGAAUUUGGAGCGCAUGGAUUCAGGUGGAAACCUUUCACAUGCUGUAUAUAAGAAAGUUUGGGAUAUAGCAAAAUAUGAGCAACUGAGGCGUUCCUAACCAUCAUGAUGAAUAAAGUCAUGGUCAUAAA